UAGUUCCCGUAUUUCAUAAUACGAAAAUUGUUUUAAAAGAAUAAAUUGUUUUUUUAAUCUGUCAUCGUGAUGGCCAGCCGAACUCAAGGAAUCCAACUACUGUUGGCUGCCGAAAAGAGGGCUGCGGAAAAAGUAGCCGAAGCCAAGAAACGUAAAGCAAGACGUUUAAAGCAGGCCAAAGAAGAAGCUCAAGAUGAAAUUGAAAAAUACAGACAAGAAAGGGAAAAACAGUUCAAGGAAUUUGAAAUUAAACAUAUGGGUUCUCGCGAAGAUGUUGCUGCAAGAAUAGAUGCUGACACUAAAAUAAAGAUUGAAGAGAUGAAUAAGGCCGUAAUUGUUAACAAGCAGGCAGUCAUUGAUCAAAUUCUUGAACUGGUUUAUGACAUUAAACCAGAGCUGCACAAAAAUUUCAAAGCUACAGCUAACAAAGAAUGAUAUGUGUGUCAUAGUAUUUUUUUUCAAUUCCAUAUAAGAAAUAUAAAGGUGUACAAAUUAAAUUUUGGUUUUAGUUUUCGUUUCACUGAAACAUUCCAUAUGUUGUUCAAUUUUAUAGUGUAUUAUUAUCAUGAUUAUUUAUUUGUUUAGGAUUUCAAUAUUAAAAUUUUAAGAACAUAUUUUGUUUUGUUUACAGAAGUCUAAAAAAUAUAUAUAUAUAAUCAAUACUACUAUUAUUCCAUGUUAAAUAAAAAUAGUGUGUUAAUUUUUUUUCUAAAUACUUGGCCUCAUUGAGAGAACUCGCGUGUGAACCCAAGAGUUCUAAAUUACAUUAUAAGUAUACAAAUAGUGUACAUGAUAAAAUAAAUCCCCAAAUCACAUAUAAAAUACUUUAUACAAACCAAA